GGGGCCUUUGAGCAGACUCACCAUGUCAAACAGAGAAGGGAUUUGGGUUUUCGUGCUGAUCUUUGCUGCGUGGGUAGCCGAAGGCCAUGAUCCUGCUCCUUCGGAGGUGCUCACUAAAUAUGGGAGGCUCCGAGGCCAGCAAGUCAAAGUCAGUAGUGCAAAAAAAGAUGUGAAUGUUUUCCUUGGAAUUCCCUAUGCAAAGCCACCAACUGGAAACUUGCGCUUUGCCCCACCGGUACCGGCCGAACCAUGGAGUGGUCUCAGAGAUGCAACAUCCUACCCAGCCAUGUGUCUGCAGGAUCCAGUGGUGGGACAAGCUAUGUCAGAUGCUUUUACUAACAGAAAGGAAAAGGUCUCUUUGACUGUUUCUGAGGACUGCUUAUAUUUAAAUGUCUACACAGUGGCUCACUCAGACACGAAACCUAAGUUACCGGUAAUGGUUUGGAUCCAUGGAGGAGGGUUACUGUUGGGUAUGGCGUCCACAUAUGAUGGGUCGGCAUUAGCAGCUUAUGAAGAAGUAGUGGUUGUUGCGAUUCAAUACCGGUUGGGCAUCCUUGGUUUUUAUAGUUCUGGUGACACCACAGCCCGUGGAAACUGGGGCCUUCUCGAUCAAGUAGCAGCCCUCCAAUGGGUCCAGGAGAACAUUGCAGACUUCGGAGGUGAUCCAGGAUCUGUUACUAUAUUUGGCGAAUCUGCAGGUGGAUUCAGCACUUGUGCCCUGGUCGUAUCUCCACUGGCAAAAGGCUUGUUCCAUAAAGCCAUCUCUGAAAGUGGCGUCUGUCUCUUGGAUGGUCUCAUGGACAUGCAUCCAGAAAAGCAUGCUAAGAAAAUUUCGGAAGCCGCAGGCUGUAAAACAACAAGCUCAAGCGAGAUGCUGCAUUGUCUGAAGGGGAAGACGGAAGAAGACAUUUUGCAGGCCAUUUCCAAGAUGGAUUUAAACAGACUCAAUCUGGAUGAAGAUGAAAGAUAUAGUGUGUUUUCCUAUGCAGUUGUAGAUGGUGUGUUUUUCCCCAAACUGCCCAAAGAUCUCCUAGCAGAGAAAAACACGAAUAACGUACCCUACAUAAUUGGGUUCAAUAACCAUGAGUCUGGAUGGAUUGUUCCGCAUAUGCUGGACUUUCCAGAUUUCACAAGAGGCCUAGACAGAGCAACAGUAACUUCUAUGAUUCGUGGCUUAAAACAAUUCACGAGUGUUGCCCCUGAACAUGCUCAGAUAAUUGUUGAUGAAUAUCUGAAGGAUAUUGAAGACCCCAUACAACUCCGAGACCAACUUCUUGAUAUGCUAGGAGAUGUGGUCUUUGUCGCUCCCGCUAUUCAAACAGCGAGAUACCACAGAGAUGCUGGCUAUCCAACCUACGUGUAUGAAUUCCAGCAUCGGCCGAGUUUCCAUGGAGCUCUUAAGCCAGACUUUGUUAAAGCGGAUCAUGGUGAUGAAAUCGGCUUUGUCUUUGGGAGGCCCUUUUUAGCAGGUGAUGCUAAUGAAGAAGAGAGAAAUCUUAGCAAAACAGUUAUGAAAUACUGGGCUAAUUUUGCUCGCACUGGGAACCCCAACGGUGAAGGUCUGCCAACCUGGCCCAAGUAUGAUCAGAAGGAGCAAUAUUUGGAAAUCAACUUAAAGCAAAAGGCUGCAAAGAAGCUAAAAGAGAAGCAAGUUGUCUUCUGGACCAAGAUUGUGCCGGAAAAAAUUGCUGAAAGCAGAAGAGAGCGCACUGAGUUAUAAGCCCUCAGUGGCACCAAGAAGCCAUUUUGCUAUUGAGAAGUGAAAAGGAAUCACUUGGUUUCAGUAGCUUGUUUGUCGUUUCAGAAAACUGUUAUCUUGGGUUGGGAUGUUGGUCAAUCAACUGGUUAAAUUCUGUCGACUGUUCACCUGCUGUCUUAAUUACCAGAGGCAUCCAUUGUCAAACCAAGAUCUCUCCUGCCCUGUCUACCAAAUACAAUAUUGCAGAGCAGGACGGGAAAGUUUUCAAUAAACUAUAUUUUCUUCACUUCUUAGUUUUUCAAGGAACCUCCAGGUCUCAAUUAGUGCCAGGUUAGUGCUGAUUUUUUAUAUUGUCAAAGAAGAAGAGAUUGGAUUUAUA